AUGGCGGCGACCAUGCUAGCCGAGUAUCAAAAUACCGCCGUGGAGGACGAAAAUAUGGCGGAUAGCGAGCAGGAUGCCGAAGGAGAAGAUGAUGUUGAUUUGUACCAUCAGCUAACGGCAUCUGCUAAUUUUGGCGGAACCGAAUUCGCUGGUGCAAACCACAUGAUUGACCGAGAAGUUGGUUCAGAGCAGGAUUAUACAGGAGAAGCAGCGGGCCAGAAUGUCGAAAUGACUGGUGCGUUGGAUGUCAAUGACAUAAACGAAAGUAAUCAAGAACACGAACCCAUGCAAACGGUUAAAUAUCUUCCCGUGGAAUACAAGUCCGAGAGCGAUGUUGAGGAGGGCGACCCCAGCUUCACAAACGAUGCAAGUGAAAGCGGCCGAGAUGGCGUUAGUAAUCAAUCCUCCGAUGACGAUUCAGAAGCCGAUGAGGACUGGGAAGCCGAGAGUGAUGACAGGGAUUCAGCGGACGUGGAAGACACGACGCAAAAUAACUGCAUUAUCUGCGGCCAAGACGAGGAGCAUGAUCCUGGCGAAGAGUUCGAAGAACCUUUGGUUUGCGCUGUCUGUGGAGAUCAUUGCCAUCGUCAAUGCGCGCGCGAACAGGAAUGUUUCAGCGACACCGACAAUUCCGCUAAAUGGCGUUGUGCCUCGUGUGUUCAGAACAAGUUAGAAGAGGACUCUAAAGAUCGUGCCAAAUCUCGGAGGAAAUCCAUCGCAUCUAACAUCGCCAAAGAAUUGCUCCCUGCCCAUGCCGAUAGUCUAGGCCCAGACUCGCACUCCAUCUUCGAGAAUCCGAUCCUCGAUGAUGAUCCGCUUGAUGGUUCUCGCUCGUUGAGGAAAAGGAAGGCCUCGAUCGACGAAGCAGAUAAUACCCGCGCUCUCAGCCGAAAACGACGAAGAACAACUAAUGACCUAACCGAUACGUCGCAAGCAGCAAAUGAGGAAGCUAGCGACCAGGUUGUGGAUCCAUCGAAUCCUUCAACCCGCUCAUCCAGGCGUAGGCAAGCCAGGAGGACUCAGAAUGCUCUCUGUAGUGUCGUUCUAAGACAACACGGGAGAUUAGUUAUUUCUUUCCACCUGGAUCACGAAAAGUUAAACAAUAUAUUAAAAGCCAGGCCGCGCCCCAGAAACCAGAGACGGAGACCGCCACCAAAACCACCAGCUGUCCCAGCAGAACCGCCUCCUCCACAAUUUCCUCCUAUUAUUUCGACACCAUACACGGCGCCCUUCUACUCGUUUCACGAACGCGAAGAUCAUGAACUCAACUCUAAGCCCUAUGGUGGCAUUUUAGCCGAUGCAGACGCAGAUACCUCCAAAACAGUACCACAACAGGCCGAUCGGGACAAAUUUGAAGCCGCGAGGCAAAAGGCCGAGGAAGAGUGGAGGCAAAAGGUACAAGUAGCCGAGCAAAAUGGCGAAGGGACACCACGAGCCACGCAGAAAUUGUCUGGCCCCCCGAGCAAGAUGAAAUGCAUCAGCUUCGGUGGUUACGAAAUCGAGACCUGGUAUGCUGCUCCAUAUCCCGAAGAGUAUAGUCGCAACAGAGUUCUUUACAUAUGCGAAUUUUGUCUCAAGUACAUGAAUUCCGAUUUUGUGGCUUGGAGGCACAAGCUUAAGUGCCCAGUGAAGCAUCCACCCGGAGAUGAGAUAUACCGCGAAGGCACCAUCUCCGUUUUUGAAGUUGAUGGCCGGAAAAAUCCUGUUUAUUGUCAAAACCUCUGUUUACUUGCAAAACUCUUCCUCGGGUCGAAAACUCUGUAUUAUGAUGUCGAACCUUUCCUUUUCUACGUGAUGACUGAAUACGACGAGCUGGGUUUCCAUUUUGUUGGUUAUUUCAGCAAGGAAAAGCGGCCAAAGCGCAAGGUUGGCUCUCCGGAGAAGCCACUCUCAGACAUGGGCUUAGUUUCAUAUCGGAAUUACUGGCACCUGAUUUUAUCGUACCAACUUCGUGAUCAAAAAGGCCCGACGAGCAUUGCUGAGCUGUCUGAACGCACGGGAAUGACGCCGGACGACGUUGUAUCCGGCUUGGAAGGGCUACGUGCGCUAGUCCGUGACCCUAUCACCAAGACGUAUGCUCUUCGCCUAAAUUACACCUACUUUGAAGAAGUUAUUCAAAAUUGGGAAAGGAAAGGCUAUGUUCAACUAAAUCCUGACGCACUCGUUUGGACACCAUAUGUCAUGGGACGAAGCAACCAGUCACAUUACGAUCGUGCGCCACUCCAUGCUGUUGCACCCCGAGAUGACCAUGAAGAGGCUAUCGUCGAUGGAGAUACGAUUCCCAAUACGUACGAAAAUCGGAACGGGCUGUUACAUGUUGCAGAAAAUCAUGGUUUUGGUACCAACGGGCAAACUCACGCCGAUUCUAUUCCGGAGCUCGAACCUCCAGGCCCGCCAUCCAUGGAAGUCAUGUCCUUUGGUGGCCAAUCGAUGAAACACAGUAACGGCUGCAGUACUCCAUCGGUUUCUUCUCUCUCAAAUGUAGCCGCCAACAUUCCACCCACAAGAUUCGAGAUUUUUCCACCUGUGCAAGCAGCCGUCGGCAAACGCCGCCCAGGACGUCCAUUUGGUAGCUAUAAGAAAGUUCGUCCCGGUACAGCAGCAGCAACCGCAUCUCCAUCGCGGACCAGUGGACGCAAUACGCCACGGAGGAACUAUAACCUUGCCCUCGCAACGCCAACACCUGCUGUUCGCGCAUCCCCUGGGCUUCGCAGAGGCCGUAGCAAGCUCCUUGACAAUGUCGCUCAUACUGAUGGGCCCGCCGAUGAACCGGUAGAUGAUGAAGCUGUGCUCAACACUGAAGAACUCGACGCAAGCGGUCCUGGGCCUCGUGGAGGUGAUGGGCGGUUAGACAUUGAUGAUCAAGUCGAUGUGAAUGGAAACGAGACCCAAAAUAGUACUUGGGAUCGAGACAGCCCUAAUGAAUCGAAUGGCAUAUUCGUUGGCGGCCAGCUUCCGGAGCCAGGCCUCGCAACUAGAAUCAAAGACAGGAAGGAUACGGCUUCUGAACCCGACACAAGCAAUGCGACUGAACAAUUAACAGCCGAGAUUCUCGCUGCUGCUGAUAACGCUGUUGAAAAGGCCGCUCCUGGAAUUUAUCCGGCUCACGGCAUUCCAAGUCCUCAACAGAAUGGCAUAAAAGGAGAGCCGGGUUUGACAACAACAUCAGCGUCCACUGAAGGCUAG